AUGGCUCCCUGUACAAUAAAAUGGUGCGGAAAUAGUAGUCAAACGUGUAAUUUAAAAAAAAAUGGCAUCACUUUUCAUAGAUUUCCAAAACAUCCAAAUUUAAAAGAAAAGUGGAUAAAUGCUACGAGACGCGAAAAUUGGUUUCCGUCAGUAUACAGCGUGAUUUGCUCACGACAUUUCGAAGAGGAUUGUUUUAUUAACAUGAAAAAUAGUAGACGUUUGCUCAGCUCCGCAGUACCGACGUUGUGUUUACCUAUAUUGACAAACAACGGUGAACCAAAAAACAUUCCAGACAAUCCAGGUCCAUCUGUUUCUUCCUCGAAUAUUUGGACUCUCUCAGCAGCAUCUAAAAGAAAAAGUAUAUGUUCCGAAAGUCCUUCUAACUACAACACACCGAUUACAAAACGCCUUUGUAGAAGAAUAAUAGAACUACGUGAAAAAGUUAUACACAAAAAUAGACAGAUUAAAAAUUUAAGAGAGAAAACCAGUUAUUUGCGUAAAAAAAUAACUUCAUUAGAAUCAAAAUUGAAAGACUUGGAAAAACAACACUUAAUAAAUUCAGGCUCUGAGGCUCCGGCUCGGGCUGUGUAG